CAUCUCGAUUUUCCAAAUUUGGCGUCAGGGGUCCCUUAACAAAUCGCUGAUGCAGAGUACGCAUCGGUGUUCCCUUUAUGCAUGCAACAUCUUCUCUCGCAGAUUUCGCAACAAGAACCAUGCGCACAACAACUCUCUGGAUCCUGCUCACCAUGCUGGCGAUCGGAUCAUGGUCUCUCAAACAUGACGACAUGAAGGAGUAUGCAUCUGAGCAUCCCAUUCCCAAGGAGGGUAUAUCAGCGCUAGACAUAUACCAAGACAAAGGUGCUGUGCCUAAAAAAAUUAAUGAAGUCGACAAACCAUCGUUGGAACAAAGCGUGGAGGAAAAAUACGACUACUACGAUGACUGUGACAAUUACUAUGAUGAUGAGAACAGUACGUACACACUUUCCUGA